GGUUAGUCCCGCCCCACGCCGGGAGCCUGGGUUUGGCGGCCUGGGAGCUGAGGCCAUGACUGCGCGCGGGACCGCCAGUCGCUUCCUGACCAGUGUCCUUCACAACGGGCUGGGUCGCUACGUGCAGCAGCUGCAGCGUCUCAGCUUCAGCCUCAGCCGUGACGCGCCCUCGUCCCGCGGUGCCAGGGAGUUUGUGGAACGGGAGGUGACCGACUUCGCCCGGCGGAACCCCGGGGUCGUAAUAUACGUGAACCCGCGGCCGUGCUGUGUGCCCAGAGUAGUGGCCGAAUACCUUAACGGGGCUGUGUGCGAGGAGAGCAUCCACUGCAAGUCGGUCGAGGAGAUCGCCACGCUGGUGCAGAAGUUGGCAGACCAGUCGGGUUUGGACGUGAUCCGCAUCCGCAAGCCCUUCCACACGGACAGCCCUAGCAUCCAGGGCCAGUGGCACCCUUUCACCAACAAACCGACGACACUGGGCGGGCUGCGCCCUCUAGAGGUCCAGGAUCCUGCCGCAGCCCAGCGGCUGGCACAAUGAAGAGUUGCCCCACCUACUCCAGUUCCUGGGUUUGGACUCUGACCCCAGUAGAGGUGGUGGUUCCUCCUGAUUUGAUUCACGGCCAACAGAUGGAGCCCACCAAAGGCGAAGUUAACGCCAAAGCUUUUGCUUGGGAUAAAGAAGAGCUGCCUGCUUCUUUUUGAUGUCCACUGUGAGGGGCAGUGACUGUGAGUUUUCUAAUUCUUAUCCAGUUGAUAUCUCUGAAACCUGAGAGUCUUCAGAGAUUUUACUGGGUCUUCAUUUGUUAAAUCCAGAUGGAUAACAGUGAUCUCAAAUCACAGUGAGGGGUUUUAAGGCUGGCUUCUGAAGAAUCCCUUGUGCCCUGUUUCUGCAGCCAUAGGCCAAGAGAGAGCUAGUACCUUAUAUUCUGCUGUGAGCCUGGCACUGGGCUAGGCCCUUUAUAUCUGUGUGAAUGUUUAUGUACAAAUUGGAAAACUCAAUAAACUUGCGAAGGUUACACUUGCA